UGAAAAAUGAAAUAAUCGCUCAGUAGCCAUUCAACCUCCGGCCAGAUCAAAUCACUCGGAGCAGUUAAAUCGAACAAAAAAUCCCAAUGCAUUGGCAAUGUCUUAUCGGUGUUUGGCUGUUGGUGACUAUUCCUAGAGCUCAAAGCCACAGCAUCGGAGGUGUCAAUGCCACCUUGGAUGUGCCGGAGGUGCGGGGUCAUAAGUUCCUGUACUUUGGUUUCGGCAGCAACAUGCUGGCCAAGAGGAUCCACAUCCAGAACCCGACAGCUGUGAGAGUUGGACCCGCCCUCCUUGCCGACUAUCGGUUGGACUUUGGCUUCGAAUCAGCUCGUUGGGAUGGCGCGGUGGCCACCAUUGUGCCCACCCCGGGCGAUCAUGUGUGGGGCACCCUCUGGGAGAUCGACCUCAGCAAUCUGCCGGAUAUAGACAACCAAGAGGGCGUUCAUGAGGGCAUUUACGAUCCUCUCACAGUCUACGUGAAACUCCGUGAUGACUCUAAACAAACUCCUGCCCGUGCUUAUCUUCUGACCAAGCAGCCGGAGACCAAUCUCUACGAUCUGUCAAAGGAUUCUGUUCCUGAAUCCCGUCAGCCAUCGAAAACGUAUCUCCAGUGCCUCGUUAAAGGCGCUGUCGAGAGCUCCGUUCCCGAGGAUUACGUCCGGAGAUUGAAGGGCAUCAAGCACAAUGGUCACGUUGCCACCGAACUAGAGCAAAAACUAGAGCUGCAGAAUGUUGAACUCUAUCCAACAUCCUGUAUAAAUAUGGCCAAUAAAUUCUUUUAUUUCGGUUUCGGUAGUAAUAUGCUGGCCAGUCGAAUCCACAUUCAAAAUCCGACUGCUAAAAGAAUCGGAGCAGGAAAAUUGGAGAACUUCCGUCUGGACUUCCACACGGGAUCGAAAAACUGGUUGGGGGCUCCCGCCACAAUUGUGCCCAGUGAAGGAUCUCAUGUCUACGGAGCAAUUUGGGAGAUUGAUAAGUGCAACCUCAAGGAUUUAGAUGAUCAGGAAAGUGUGCCCGAUGGCGUGUAUAUUCCGAUUAGCGUUCCCGUUCACUCGUUGACCACCGAUACAAGCAUCACCUGUCGUGCCUAUCACCUGUCAAAUCAGCCUCAAACAGAGGUUCAUGCAAACGGUUCCCAGGAAAAUAUUCCCCUCAACCGUCAGCCCUCGGAAACAUACCUUAAGGUUUUGGUUAAGGGAGCAAGAGAAUCAGGAAUUCCAGAGGAUUACAUUAAAUGGCUGAGGGGCAUUAAGCAUAACGAUAAACAAGUUCCGGCCAUGGAGGAAAAACUAGAAUUGAGCCAAGUGCAACUCAGGUGAUCAGACUGCAUCGGAGUUUUAUUGACGCGGAGAAAUUUGCUUAUGUCAAAGUACAAACUUAAGAUAUUGAAUAAAAGAUUUUCAAUGAAA